AUGCAGGCGGUCAUGCUGUGCCGCUCGGGAGAGGAGUCGAGCCCACCUCCCGAGCCUGAUAUGGGCCACAGCACAGCCAAUGCCCGGCGGCCUGCACUAUCAGCCAACGUUCGGCGUGAGCGCGCACACCUGUUUCUGGUGCAUUCGAAAUGCAACGUCUGUGUCUGCCCGCCACUUGCCAACCUCGCCUCCUCACUAGGCGCAUCUGCGGCUGCCGUGCUACUGGACAACGAAUGGCCGUGA